AACAUGGACACAUAUGAAAGUAGUGGCUAUGGUGCUUCUGGCAGUUCUCAUGGCGGAGGCUAUAUGGCAGGGGGAUAUGGAUCUAAUUCAGCUCCAGGCGGGUACAAUUCUAGUGGAUAUGCAUCUUCUAGUUAUCCUCCUAGUGGUGGAGGCUAUGGAGGUGGAGGAGGUUAUGGUAGUGGUGGUGGCGGUGGUUAUCAAUCUCAGGGUCCACCAGGUCCACCUGGACCACCUUCACAUUCAACUGCUGGCGGUUAUGGUAGUGGUGGUGGUGGUGGAGGAGGAGGAGGUGGGUACUCAUCUCAAGGACCACCCGGGCCACCUUCACAUGGAGCUCAAGGAGGGUAUGGUGGCGGUGGUGGUGGUGGUGGAUAUCAAUCACAAGGACCACCAGGACCACCUUCACAUGCAUCCCAAGGAGGUUAUGGCGGUGGAUAUCAGUCACAGGGACCACCUUCACACUCAGCUCAUGGAGCUGAAUACAUGCAUGACACUGUAUUUGUUUCGGGAUUACCAAAAACAGCCACUGAGACUGAUAUUGCCGAAUAUUUUGGCUCCAUUGGUUUAAUAAAAAAAGAUAAAAAAACUGGUAGAGAUAAAAUUUGGAUCUAUAGAGAUAAAGACUCUGGUCAAAGCAAAGGAGAAGCCACUGUAACUUAUGAUGAUCCUCCAACUGCCAAUUCCUCGAUAUCAUGGUUUAAUGGUAAAGAACUGUGGGGAAAUACAAUUAAAGUAGAAAUGGCUCAAAGAAAAGUACCACCAGGUGGAUUUGUUCGUGGUGGAAGUAGAGGAGGAGGCAGUGGAGGAGGUCGAGGUCGAGGUGGACCCAUGGGUGGAGGAUUUGGGCGCGGAGGUGGAGGUGGACCCGGAGGGCCUGGUGGUCGAUCUGGAGGUGGUGGUAGAGAUGGAGACUGGAAUUGUCCUAAUCCAAGUUGUGGGAACAAUAAUUUCGCAUGGAGGACAGAAUGUAAUCGAUGUCAAGCACCAAAACCUGGAGGAGCUCCGGGCGGUUCAGAUGGAGGUUCACUGCAUUCAGAGAUGGCAGGAGAUGGUAUGAGACGUAAUGGAGGAGGUAUGCGCGGAGGUCGCGGUGGCUCCGGUGAUCGAGGUGGUGGCCGUGGAAUGGGCCGUGGAGGAAUGGGAGGUAGCCGAGGAGGUUUUGGCCCUAGAGACGGUGAUAUGGGCAGUGGUCGAGGUCGUGGUGGCGGUGAUGGUCCAAGGGGGUAGAGGAGGUGGUGGUCCACCAAUGAGAGGGCGAGGUGGACCUAUGCAGAGGUCAUGAUAGACGUCCUGGACCAUAUUGAUAGGAUCUUAUUAAAUUCCUUCAGAUCUCAAGUCAUGCGGUCAAGGUCAACUUUUCCACAGAGAUAUCAAUUUAAUACUCGUGGAUUAGAACUUCUUUAACUUUUUCAAAUGAGCAAAAAAAAACUCUGGUAACAAAGAUUAAAGUCAAAAGACCUUUUGUAAAGCUA